CAGCCGUCGGGUCCUGGAGGCUUUCGCUUUGCCGCCGCGUCUGGGCGGGAGGAGGAGCGGACUGGGCAGCAGGCUUUCGGGACUGCAGGCUUCGGCGGCGCCAAGGGGCGCUCCUAGUGCAGCCUUCCUGGCUCGGGGCUUUCCUGCCGAGGCGCCCGUGUCCCCGGGCUUCUCGCCUCGGCCCCCAGCGGCCCCGAUGCCGAGGCAUGGAUAGAGCGGCGUUGCGCGCGGCAGCGAUGGGCGAGAAGAAGGAGGGCGGCGGCGGGGGCGCCGCGGCGGACGGGGGCGCAGGGGCCGCCGCCAGCCGGGCGCUGCAGCAGUGCGGCCAGCUGCAGAAGCUCAUCGAUAUCUCCAUCGGCAGUCUGCGCGGGCUGCGCACCAAGUGCUCAGUGUCUAACGACCUCACGCAGCAGGAGAUCCGGACCCUAGAGGCAAAGCUGGUGCGAUACAUUUGCAAGCAGCAGCAGAGCAAGCUUAGCGUGACCCCGAGCGACAGGACCGCCGAGCUCAACAGCUACCCACGCUUCAGUGACUGGCUGUACAUCUUCAACGUGAGGCCUGAGGUGGUGCAGGAGAUCCCCCAAGAGCUCACACUGGAUGCUCUGCUGGAGAUGGACGAGGCCAAAGCCAAGGAGAUGCUGUGGCGCUGGGGAGCCAGCACGGAGGAGUGCAGCGGCCUACAGCAAGCCCUUACCUGCCUUCGGAAGGUGACCGGCCUGGGAGGGGAGCACAAAAUGAACUCAGGUUGGAGUUCGGCAGAUGCACGAGACAGUAGCUUGGGGCCUCCCAUGGACAUGCUUUCCUCGCUGGGCAGAGCGGGUGCCAGCACUCAGGGACCCCGUUCCAUCUCCGUGUCCGCCCUGCCUGCCUCAGACUCUCCGGUCCCCGGCCUCAGUGAGGGCCUCUCGGACUCCUGUAUCCCCUUGCACACCAGUGGCCGGCUGACCCCUCGGGCCCUGCACAGCUUCAUCACGCCCCCUACCACACCCCAGCUACGACGGCACGCCAAGCUGAAGCCACCAAGGACACCCCCACCGCCAAGCCGCAAGGUCUUCCAGCUGCUCCCCAGCUUUCCCACACUCACACGGAGCAAGUCCCACGAGUCCCAGCUGGGAAACCGAAUCGACGACGUCACCCCAAUGAAGUUUGAAAUCCCUCAUGGAUCCCCACAGCUGGUACGAAGGGAUAUCGGGCUCUCAGUGACACACAGGUUCUCCACAAAGUCAUGGUUGUCACAGGUGUGCAACGUGUGCCAGAAGAGCAUGAUUUUCGGCGUCAAGUGCAAACACUGCAGGUUAAAAUGCCAUAACAAGUGCACAAAGGAAGCUCCCGCCUGCAGGAUCACCUUCCUCCCACUGGCCAGGCUCCGGAGGACAGAGUCUGUCCCGUCAGAUAUCAACAACCCAGUGGACAGAGCAGCAGAGCCCCAUUUUGGAACCCUUCCCAAGGCCCUGACAAAGAAGGAGCACCCUCCAGCCAUGAACCUGGACUCCAGCAGCAACCCAUCCUCCACCACGUCCUCUACACCCUCAUCGCCGGCACCUUUCCUGACCUCAUCUAAUCCCUCCAGUGCCACCACGCCUCCCAACCCGUCACCUGGCCAGCGGGACAGCAGGUUCAGCUUCCCAGCUGCCUACUUCAUUCAUCAUAGACAGCAGUUUAUCUUCCCAGACCUUUCAGCCUGUUCUCAGGCCGCCCCGCUGUCCAGCACAGCCGACAGUACGCGGCUCGAUGACCAGCCCAAAACAGAUGUGCUGGGUGUUCACGAAGCAGAGGCUGAGGAGCCUGAGGCUGGCAAGUCAGAAGCAGAAGAUGACGAGGAUGAGGUGGACGACCUCCCCAGCUCCCGCCGGCCCUGGCGGGGCCCCAUCUCUCGAAAGGCCAGCCAGACCAGCGUUUACCUGCAAGAGUGGGACAUCCCCUUUGAACAGGUGGAACUGGGCGAGCCCAUUGGACAGGGCCGCUGGGGCCGGGUGCACCGAGGCCGUUGGCAUGGCGAGGUGGCCAUUCGGCUGCUAGAGAUGGACGGCCACAAUCAGGACCACCUGAAGCUGUUCAAGAAAGAGGUGAUGAACUACCGGCAGACGCGGCAUGAGAACGUGGUGCUCUUCAUGGGGGCCUGCAUGAACCCACCUCACCUGGCCAUUAUCACCAGCUUCUGCAAGGGGCGGACGUUGCAUUCAUUCGUGAGGGACCCCAAGACGUCUCUGGACAUCAACAAGACUAGGCAGAUCGCCCAGGAGAUCAUCAAGGGCAUGGGUUAUCUUCAUGCAAAAGGCAUCGUGCACAAGGACCUCAAGUCCAAGAAUGUCUUCUAUGACAACGGCAAAGUGGUCAUCACAGACUUCGGGCUGUUUGGGAUCUCGGGCGUGGUCCGAGAAGAACGGCGUGAGAACCAACUGAAACUGUCACAUGACUGGCUGUGCUACCUGGCCCCCGAGAUCGUAAGAGAAAUGAUCCCGGGGCGGGAUGAGGACCAGCUGCCCUUCUCCAAAGCAGCCGAUGUCUAUGCAUUCGGGACUGUGUGGUAUGAACUACAGGCAAGAGACUGGCCCUUUAAGCACCAGCCUGCUGAAGCCUUGAUCUGGCAGAUUGGAAGUGGGGAAGGAGUACGACGUGUCCUGGCAUCUGUCAGCCUGGGGAAGGAAGUCGGCGAGAUCCUGUCUGCCUGCUGGGCUUUCGAUCUGCAGGAGAGGCCCAGCUUCAGCUUGCUGAUGGACAUGCUGGAGAGGCUGCCCAAGCUGAACCGGCGGCUCUCCCACCCUGGGCACUUUUGGAAGUCAGCUGACCGCUGGCGGAGCCGCUACUACGGGAAAGGACGCUAUGGUCACCCCGACUUUAAGAACUCCUGUCCAGUUCUGGAGGAAUACAUUAACAGCAGCAAAGUCAUGCCCCGCUUUGAAAGGUUUGGCCUGGGGACCCUGGAGUCCGGUAAUCCAAAGAUGUAGCCAGCCAUGCACGUUCAUGCAGAGAGUGUCUUCCUUCCCGAAACAUGAUUACGAAACAUGCAGACCACCACCUCAAGGAAUCAGAAGCAUUGCAUCCCAAGCUGCGGACUGGGAGCGUGUCUCCUCCCUAAAGGACAUGCGCGCCCGCGUGCGUGCGUGCAUCACCAAGGUGUGUGGGGCUCAGGAUCGCAGCCAUACACACAGCUCCAGAUGAUACCACUACAGCCAGUGUUUACACAGAGGUUUCUGCCUGGCAAGCUUGGUAUUUUACAGUAGGUGAAGAUCAUUCUGCAGAAGGGUGCUGGCACAGUGGAGCAGCACCGAUGCCCUCAGCCCCCAUUCUGGAAGACCCUGCAGCCGUGAGGGGCCCAGGGUUGAGCCAGACGGAAGAAAAGCCGCAUGGGUGUGGGCUGUACCCGGAAAAGGGCAGGUGGCAGGAGGUUUGCUUUGGCCUGUGCUUGGGCCGCGAACCACACUAAGGAGCAGCAGCCUGAGUUAGGAAUCUAUCUGGAUUACGGGGGACCAGAGUUCCUGGAGAGUGGAUUCUGUUUCUGCUCUGAUCCAGGCCUGUUGUGCUUUUUCUUUUCCCCUUUUAAAAAGGGAAUAGCCACACAUCUGUGGAGAUACCCACUUCUUUAUCUGAGGCCUCCAGGUAGGCACGAAGGCUGUGGAACUCAGUCUCUAUCAUCAGACCCCCACCCCCAGUGCCUCAUUGACCCCCUACCCCCAGAGCCGAGGGCUAGCCCAUUGGGUGUGUGUACAGUGAGUUCUUGGUGAAGGAGAACAGGGUCGUGGCAGAAGCAGUUUGCAGUGGCCCUAGCAUCUUAAAACCCAUUGUCUGUCACAUCAGAAGGUUCUAGACCUACCACCACUUCCCUUCCCCAUCUCAUGGAAACCUUUUAGCCCAUUCUGACCCCUGUGUGUGCUCUGAGCUCAGAUCGGGUUAUGAGACCGCCCAGGCACAUCAGUCAGGGAGGCUCUGACGUGAGCCGCAGACCACUGUGUUCAUUCCUAUGAGCUGGAGGGGCUGGACUGGGUGGGGUCAGAUGUGCUUGGCAGGAACCAUCAGCUGCUGAGCAGGGUGAUCCCUGAGCAGAGGGUAAGCAGCAUCAGACUCCACAACCAGAGGAAGAAAGAAAUGGGGGUGGAGCGGAGACCCACGGGCUGAGUCCCGCUGUGGAGUGGCCUUGCGGCUCCCUCUCAGUUAAAACUCCCAGUAAAGCCACAGUUCUCCGAGCACCCAAGUCUGCUCCAGGUGUCUCUUAAAACAGGCCACUCUCUGAGAAGUUGUGGAAAUCCCCUUCACCUAGGCCCCAGCACAGUUAUUCACACUACCGGAGAGCUGGGACAGUAGCAAACUGACCCCACCUCUGGGUGGGGAGGAAGAGCCAUGAGCCUCUGUUCAGAUCAGCAUGUGCUGUCCAAUCAUUUCUCCACCCCUUCAGCUUUCCACAUUAGCCUCCCUACUCCAAAACUGAGUUUUGUGUGCCCCCUGCCUCUGGCAGUCUCAUGCCUGCACCGACCCAGAGGCCACAGUGCCUGAGGCUCAGGCCAGUCUCUCACUGUCUAAGUGUUGCGGUGUCGAUGUCCUCCAGCCUCCCCUCAUGGUAGAAUGUGAGCCAUCAGGCUGCCAGCUGAGUUAACCCUUUUCAGUUAUCCCCUGACAGCAAAUCACAGCAAGUGGCACACAGCCUACUGACAGCAGCAAGCCUGGGUCUUGAUUUGUGCUGUGAACAUCACAGUUAAGAAAGCUUUGAGCCCUGCAUUGAAUGUGGUCUUGUGCAUUGGCUGAUAGGAAUAGUCGUGGCCCCUGGCUGAAGGAGCUGGCCAUUUUCUGGGGGCCAGUGUGCUGGGGCUGCCAUCUGCCCCGGUGGAGCUGUAGUUCUAGGGCCCUCCUCCUUGCUUCCCAAGUCCUGCCUCUGCUCGGCCCUUCCUGUAAGAGAGUUCCCACCAUGACCCCCACUUCCUUUUCUACUUAAGUGACUGUGAAUUGAAGUUAGGGAAACUUGCCUCCUGCGCACUCUCCUCGUCUCCUGGGAGACACAUGAAGGAUGACAGAUACUGUGAAUUCAGCCCGCAUAGCCACUAUGAAGGCAGUGAAAAAGGCCCAAGCUUUGGAGAACCUGCCCACCUAAGGUGUGAGGCCCUUUUUCAGGCACCCUGGGUUCCCAGCCUCACCCCGAGGGAGACCUUUUCCCAUCAGAGUGGCAAGAAGUGAAUCCUAGCUAGUGCUGGGCUGCUCUAAUGCACCCAAUCAGAGCCCUCGGCCAUUGUCUUCUUGGUCCAGGCAGGGAGUGGCAAGCCUGUGUUGCUCUGUAGUGACAGGGUGGGGUGGGACAGCCACGCUGUGCUGCAGCGCUGACCAGGAUACCAUCAGUGUGUACACUUAGCAUCUUCUGUGGCCAUGAGGCAGACAUUUAUUUGCUUAUUUUGAAUGUGAUGUAAAAUUUGUACAGUAAAAGUUUUUAUAUUUUCUAUCAAUUGCAUUUGUCUUCCAGAAAUGCUUUAAUUUAAAUUAAAAUGGUUAGUCUUGAUGAAUGUGUUACACUGGGGUUUUUGCCACUGCUAAGAAUGAAUGUACCCUGUGGCUCAGCCAGGCCUAGGGGUCUGGAGUGUGUGAAUAAAGUUUAUCAAGGUA